ACGCGCGGCCCUUACGGAAGCCCGAUGGGGACGCGCAGGCCGCGUUUGGCGGCUGACCCGCGGAGCGCGGUGCGGGCGCGGUGCCGCGGUGCCUGACGCGCUCCCGGCCGGGCCGGGCUGACAGUGCUCCCCGGCUUCCUCCCGCCGCACGGGGUUACACAGUGGCCUUUUUCCUGCUCCCUGAUUGCCUGUUCUCCUACUGUGCUACAGUGACACUUGGAGAUUGAGAUACUUUAUUUGAUCUGUGGUGAUAGGAGCCUUACAAAUAACACUGCAGCUCACAGGACAGACUGCCAGGAUGAGCGGGGCCGCGUUCCCGUCCCCGGCUGCCGAGAUGGCAGAGAUGAACCGGCUGCAGUAUGAGAUGGAAUACACCGAGGGCAUCAGCCAGCGCAUGAGGGUCCCCGAGAAACUCAAGGUGGCUCCUCAAAAUGCUGACCUGGACAAGGACAGCCAGGAAGGAUUUCCAAAUGCCAGUGUAACUAUGCAGGUUCCAGAGCGGAUUGUAGUGGCAGGUAAUAGUGAAGACAUUCCAUUUUCCAGACCAGCAGACCUUGACAUUCUCCAGUCUACUCCAUUCAAACCACUGGCAUUGAAAACUCCUCCCCGUGUUAUUUCUCUUAGUGAUCGACCACUAGAUUUUUUGGACCUAGAAAAACCUCCACAGCAGACACCUCAAAGUGAAGAGGUGCGCUCGGUGGGAAGGCUGAAGAGAGAGCGUUCCAUGAGCGAGAACGCCACGCGGCAGAACGGGCAGCUGGCCCGCAACGAUUCCAUGUGGCACAGAUCAGAUACUGUCCCAAGAAAUAAAAUGCCACGGUUCCAGUCACCUCUUUCGACUAAGGAUUGCACUGUGACCCCAUCACUGCAACAGGCUCGUGUCUGUCCUCCCAAUAUGUUACCUGAAGAUGGAAUAAAUCUUUACUCUGCUCGUGGCAUUUUGUCGUUUAUCCAGUCUUCCACUCGUAGGGCUUACCAGCAGGUCUUGGAUGUGCUGGAUGAAAACUGCAGGCCAAUGUUACGUGGUGGGUCAGCUGCUACCACUUCCUCUAACCCUCAUCAUGACAACACCAGAUACGCUCUCUCCAACUUUGAUACGACGCUCGAGGGAACACCAGAUGACAUGACAGUUGUAGAUGCUGCCUCCUUAAGAAGACAGAUAAUCAAACUUAAUCGCCGUCUCCAGCUCCUGGAAGAAGAGAACAAAGAACGUGCUAAGAGAGAAAUGAUCAUGUAUUCCAUUACUGUAGCUUUCUGGCUACUCAAUAGCUGGCUUUGGUUUCGGCGCUAGACACAGCUCUCAGAUUUACUAGUUGAAAACACAAACAAUUUGCAAAAUUCCUUGUUUCUGUUUCUGAUUGUAUGCUGUUUUAUAAUGAAUACACUGGAAACUUCUGCCACAGAUAAAGGCUCUAGAAUUGCAGUGUUAAAGGGACACCUUGUUCAGUUAUAAUGUAUUUAAUAGAUUUGCAUUGCAAAUGCUGCAGUAUCCUCCAUUGCAUGCUUCUGUGUAAACAUGGACCAGCCCAUGGGAGUCUGCUUCAUGUACUGAGUAGUCUCCAGGACUAACAAAACUGGAGGUUUUGUUGUGAAGAGAACAAAUGGAAUGGGUUUGGAAAAAAAAAAAAAACAAAAACAAAAGCAAAGGAAUAAAAAGUCCUUUUUAUUGUUCCGUUGUUAGAUGCAAUUAAACAAUUGCACUAGUUUUCCUUUAGUCCAAGUAGUUUGAGGUGUGCCAUAAAAUCAAGGAGUGUGUCCUGUUCCAUGAGUAUAUUCCUUGUUUAAGUACAUGUUCAGGUUGAAUAAUAAAAGGAAUUCUUUGCUAAC